AUGGGCCAAGCUGAGGAAAGCAGUAUCCAUUCAACAUGGAAUAUUGUGAGGUCAGUAGUCUGCAUAAUACUGAGCUUGUCAUUUGUUAUUGGGACCCCUGGAAAUUGCAUCGUCAUCUGGACUGUUUGUACAAAGAUGAAGAAAGUAUCUCCUUCGGUCCUGUUGAUCUUGAACCUGGCCGUUGCAGAUGUCCUUGUACUGCUUACUUUACCAAUCUGGAUUUACUCCUUUGCUGACACAUGGGUUUUUGGUGCAGUCUUCUGCAAAAUACUGGUGUUCGUUAUUUACUGCAGCAUGUAUGCAAGUAUAUUUCUAAUUACAGCUCUGAGCUUGGAGCGGUUAAUGGCUGUGUUUUACCCUUUCACGAUUCAGAGGUACAAAACAAAAGAAAAGAUUUCAAUAAUCAUGUUCCUCAUUUGGUUCCUGUCUAUUGCUUUUGGCACCUCUGUCAUUCCAUUUCAAGAGACAGAAGAAAUGAACGACAGCCUACAGUGCACAUGUCGCAACUACUCUUCUAGUAGACAGAAAGUGUCCUAUCUUUUGCUGGAGACUCUUGCAGGAUUUGCAAUCCCUUUUUUAAUUAUUUGCACUUGUUAUGUGUGUGUUGCAAGAAGAAUAAGCAGAAUGACUUACCAAUCAAAGCAGCGAUCAGAACGCCUCAUUACCAGCAUUGUGGUGGCAUUCAUUUUAUGCUGGUUCCCUCAUCAUCUCUUUAACAUCCUAGAUAUUAUUUCAGUUCAAAUAGAACUUUCUAACGAGGAAAUGUCUUUGGCACUGGAUGAAAUUGUAGACAGAGGAGUGUACAUCUCUGGAGCACUUGUAUUCAUCAGUAGCUGUAUUAACCCUCUACUUUAUGCUUUUGCGGCACGAAGAUUUCAGAAUCACCUGAGAUUUGGCAAGAUAUCAAAACUGUUUGAACAGAUGAGUCAUACUGUAACAGAGGAAGACAAGAAAAAGAGUUGGUCUAGAACCAAACAAGAAGAGUCUUUAGUAAGCACAGAAAAUCUCUAA